AUGAAAUCCAAACAUAAGAGUCGAUCUCCACUAACAAAUGUCAUCCGAAAACCACAAGUUUCGCAUCAAGGACUUCUCUUUCAUGAGAUUCAUGCACCUGCGUCACCAUCUUCUAAGAAACUAAGGGAAACUGAUAUGGCCAAACACAUCUCAAAGAAGAAGAAGAAAAGUAAGGUGUUCAUCUCCUCCGAGUCUAUUGCUGAUGAAAAUGAAAUAAUUCCAGAAACUCUAGAAGCCGAUCAUCAGAAAGAAUCUUCUCAUCCUACACCAACUGAUGUUAUACCACCCAAAGAUUCGGUUGCCAAGUCAGUUUCUGAGGAGGCACGAACUUUUGACAUUUUUGUAAACAUAUCUCAUAUGGAUGCAAAUGUCACAAUGGGUGAGGAUGCUUCGCAUACUGGAGACCAAGAUUCUUUUAUGGAAACUGAGCAUGAGUCCGGAGGUUUUGGAGGAACAUUUGAAAAUUUGGAGUUUGAUGAAGAAGAAACAGACUGCCCAGAUCACAUGAUAAUGACCAUGAAGCAGUUCAAGAUAUUGAAUACAAAGCUCAAUUCAAUUCUUCAAUCUCAUGCUGAUCUUGGGGGAGGAAAUUCAGUGACCAGUCUAGAAGUGGAUGGUCUGUUGAAGUUGCUUGAAGGGAGGAUUACUUCAAAGGUGACUUCAAAGAAUUAA